GUGACAGAGGAGAAGAGACCCCGACACCCGACCCCAGGCGGGGUCCCGACCGCUCCUGGGCGAGCCCCAGCGCCCGACGGACAGACUCCGCCCCCGUGGGGCGGCUCGGCCAAUCCGGGCAGGCCGCUGUGACUCGCCAACCUAUGGGCGUGCAGGGCUCGCUGGGAGCUUCCGCGUUCGCGAGCGCCGGCCCCGGUGUGCCGCGGGAGGGGGCGCGCGCGCGGGGCCCCCCCUAACCCUCAGGCCGGCCGGGCCUCUGCUGGCGAGCCCAUGGCCGCGGUGGGCCUGGCGGGGGCGCUGGCGGCCGUGCUGGGGGGCCAGGGGCCGCGCGUGCAGGGUUGUGAUUCCGAGCCCCCCGGGGAGCCGCUGGCGCCGGUGCGGCUGCGGAGGAACGUCUGCUACGUGGUGCUGGCCGUGUUCCUCAACGAGCAGGAUGAGGUGCUGCUGAUCCAGGAGGCCAAGAGGGAGUGCCGGGGGUCGUGGUACCUGCCUGCGGGGAGGAUGGAGCCCGGGGAGAGCAUUGUGGCCGCCCUGCAGCGGGAGGUGAAGGAGGAGGCCGGGCUGCUCUGCCAGCCUCUGACCUUGCUGUCUGUGGAGGAGCGGGGCCCUGCCUGGAUCCGCUUUGUCUUCCUGGCUCGGCCCACAGGUGGAAUUCUCAAGACUGCCCAAGAGGCCGAUGAGGAGUCCCUGCAGGCUGCCUGGUACCCCAGAACCUCCCUGCCCGCGCCCCUGCGGGCACACGACGUCCUCCGCCUGCUCGAGCUGGCCGCCCAGUUCAGCCAGCAGGCCCGACACCCUCCUCUUCUGCCCCAAGAGCUUCCCUGCACGCAGCUCUGCCAGCGGCUGGUGGCCACUUUUGCCGCUGGGCAGGCGGUCUGGGUCCUGGUGGGCACAGCGGGGAUGCCUCACUUGCCCGUCACGGCCUGCGGCUUCAGCCCCGCGGAGCAGAGGGGCGGCAUCAAGAUGGCCAUCCUGAGAUUGCUCCAGGAGUGCCUGACCCUGCCCGACUUGGCCGUGGAGACCAAGGGGCUGCUUGGACUCCAGCACCUGGGCAGGGACCAGACCGAUGGCGUCUGCCUCGAUGUGCUGGUGUCGGUGGCUUUCCGGGACCCGGGGCACCAGGCCGAGCCCCCGAAGGUUCAGGGCGAAAAGUUCUCCUGGUGGAAGGUGGAGGAGGAGGACCUGCAGAGGCAGCUGUCCCAGAGGCUCCGCGACUCCUCGGUCGUCCCCAUCACCAGAUAGGAAGGUGGCCGGUGUCUGCUGGCUCCACCCUGGCACGGCAGGCGGGCGUCCAGACCCUGUGGUUCCAGGAACAGUCCCUUCAUGGCACCCAAAGGAACAGUGCCUUCUGCCCAGCACGGCGUCCAGGCCCCGGGUCCAUUUGCACGACUUGGAGGGACUCUUCCCUAAGGGAGCACGAGAACUGUCUGGACCCGGGGCAUCUGCUCAUCAUGUUCUCUGCCUUCGGUCCAGGCCCAUCUCCCGGCCUGCGGGCUCUGUGGACGUGGCAGGGGUGCUGGGGGCCUGGUCCCCAGGGGAGCAGCCCUUGCUGAGUAAAAGGGCUGUCGCUUA